AAAUAACUAUUUUUAAAAAGAAAAAAUGUUUUUCCCUUGGGUUUUUUUAAACGCACAUGUAUGUAUAAAACCAGCACAGAUCUGCUCUCUUUCGUCUUCUAAGAACACCAUCUAGAAGACACAAACUCUCUUUCUCCGUGGAGGCGGAGCCCAAGAAAGAGUUUGUUCUUAAUUCGGGGAUCUGCUGCUGCUGUAACUUGUUGUUUACACCGUAUUGGCUGUUUGUGUUCUGUGGGGAGAGGAGAGGGGAAGGAUCGGAGAUGAGUGGGAACAGAAUAAACUCGGUGUUUUACGCGGAGUCGUACCAUCCAAUUCAGGCAGGGAGCAUCGACGGCACUGAUAUCCUACCACACGACAACGCCAUCUACCGAGCUUUCCUAUGCUCUUCUGCUGGGCUGUAUGACCCCUUUGGUGACUCCAAGCUUAUCGGAGAUCCUUACUGCACGGUCUUCGUCGGCCACCUCUCUCACCUCACAACCGAAGACACCCUUGGCAAGGCUAUGGGCAGGUAUGGUCGGGUCAAGAACUUGCGCAUGGUUCGGGACAUUGUGACUGGUGCUUCACGUGGUUACGCUUUCGUCGAGUAUGAGACGGAAAGGGAGAUGCGGCAUGCGUAUAAGGAGGCGCACCAUUCCUUCAUUGAUGAUUGUGAAAUCAUAGUUGAUUAUAACAGACAGCAACUGAUGCAAGGGUGGAUUCCAAGAAGGUUAGGAGGGGGUCUUGGUGGUAAGAAAGAGUCGGGACAGCUUCGGUUUGGUGGACGAGAAAGACCUUUUCGAGCUCCCCUGCGACCAAUUCCAUUUGAGGAAUUGAAGAUGCUUGGAAUUCCUUCUCCACUAGAAGGAAGAUACAUGUCACGUUUCCAGGUACCAUCGCCUCCCAGAAGAAAACGGAGGAGCUCUGUGGAAAGGGAAGAAAGCUCUUACAGAAGGAGUUCUAUAGAAGAAGAGGAGGUACGCAGCAGCAGCCGCACGAUAAGUUCUGAUCACUACAACAAAAGGAGCUCGUUGAACAUGGAAGAGAAGUUUGGUAAAAGGAAAUCUGUGGAGAUGGAAGAAUACCAUCAUCAAAGGAGCUAUUUAUCGGAGCACUCUCACAAAAGGAUCUCAAGGGAGAGGGAAGAUCGCCGCCACAAAGGGAGUUCUAUAGACGGGGAAGAGAGUUCAUAUGAAAGGUCUGUGGAGAGGGAAGAACAUUCUCACAACAGGAGUUCGGCUGAUAGGAGAAAGCAUUCUCAAAGGAGGAGCUCUAAGGAUGGGGAAAAACACCAUCACAAGCGCCGCAAACAUGAAAGUGAAAGGAUCUAGUAAGUUGAUCGAGCGUUGCUUGUGAUUGAUGGAAAGGACUCUAGAAGUCAAAUUUUGCAUGCUCUACUGGCUGCCACAUCAGAGUUUCUUCCAACUCAGCUGCAUUGUCAGCUUGCCAUGUCCGCCUCUAACAAUCAAUACGUCAGCCGUAUCACAGCGUUUCUGUUGCAUUUGGAAAUUUGUGUCUGGUAUGUUGGUGGUUGGUGGGGAGAGAUCAACACAGAGGAUGCUUUGCUGUUCCAAAUUGGAACAACAAAAUUCUGUAGCUAUUAUCUUUAACUUGCAGAAUCUCAAGUUAAAAACAAAAAUACCAUCUAUAAAACAAACUCUUCCAGCUGAAAAAAACAUCCUUGUUUGGUUGCAUAGUAAAUUGAGUGAUUGUGCUAUCUGAGGGAAAUCUUCGAACUA